CCUCUCCCUGUGUGGGACCAAGGAGGCACUGGCCUGCUUGUCCAGCCCCUCGUGGCUCCUUAAGGGGAGGGCGGGUGGGCAUCACUCGGGGGUUAGAGGCUGUCAGUGACCAGCAUCUCCUGUUCCGGGGCACCUGGGCCAUCGAGCGAGCAGCACUGAGCAGACAGCCCAGAAAUGGGCGUACAGCCCUGGCUCCUGCUCAGCGGCCUGCACCCCAGCCCACACCUGGGAGGGGUCUGGAAGAUCUUCCUCAGGGUUCUGGGAAAGGUACUAGCUCAACUUCCUUUGACAGAGGGGAGGGGGCGCCUGGGGGACAGGAUUCCUGGGUUUUGCUGGUUGGGAGCAUAGGCCAGAUUCGCAGGCACAGGUGUGGGGGCUUUGAGACAAGAAGACAGAACCCCUGGCCUGGAAGUCUGGGCUGGCGUCCACGCUGUGGGAGCCCUUGGUCUGGGAGGGGCCUGAGUGCUUUGCGCAAGGGGUGGGGGUGUAGGACGACUGGGACCCGCCCCUCCGGUCCCUCCCAGACGCAGUCCUCCGCCUGCCGCCUGGGCUCCCACACGCCUGAGGGUCCUGCACACAUCUGGGCACAUCUGGGCAGCUGAGGGGAAGCAUGAACGCCUCGCAGGCGGCCAGAGCUGCCUGGCUGAGCUGCUGCAACCAGUCCGGGGUGCAGCCGGGGCUCCCCGAGGGGCCGCGCGCCCUGCAGGCCGCGGUGCUGGGCGUGCUGUCGCUGCUGGUCCUCUGCGGGGUCCUCUUCCUGGGGGGCGGCCUCCUCCUGCGCGCCCAGGGCCUGAGGGCUCUGCUGGCCCACGGGCAGCACGCGUCCCCCGAGGCUGAGCCGGGCAGCGAAGACUCCUAGGACCCCUGCCCUUGGGGUUGCCCCGUCCAGGCAGCCCUGGAGCUGGGUGCGUGACUGCGAGGGAGGCAGCUGCCGCGGUGCCGGUGCGGGUCAGAGUGCGCUGAGGACUGCUGCAGAGCCGGAGGCUCCGGUUCCCCCUUCACUGAGGCUGUGGGUGCACAGGUGA